UCCCCGGGGCGGCAGACGCCCCCCAGGCCCCCAUUUCCAGGGUGCUGCACAAGGCUCCGCGGCUGCGGGGUCCAGGCCGUACCCCUGGCGCGUUGCAGGCCUGGUGAGGCCCCGCACCCGCGACCCUCGGCGCCCCCGGCCGGCCCGCAGCCUUCCUUCCUGGUCCCGAGCCGCGCGCGAGGACGGCUGAAGCUGCAGGAGUGGUUGGAAGAACAAUGCAUGUGAGUCUUUGACACCAUGAUAUCCAUCAGGCAAAGAAAAGGAAUACAAACCGCAGAAAUUUCUGAGGAUUACACGGCACAAGAAGAAAAUGUGAAGUUGGAAGAUAAAUUGCCAUCUAGUUGUACCAAUAGAAGAUUAUGGAAGAUUCUGUCAUUUACAAUUGGCGGAACUGUUGCCCUAUGCAUUGGGCUUCUUACGUCUGUCUACUUGGCCACUUUACAUGAGAAUGAUUUGUGGUUUUCUAAUAUUAAGGAAGUGGAGCGAGAAAUCUCAUUCAGAACAGAAUGUGGACUAUAUUACUCCUACUACAAGCAGAUGCUGCAGGCGCCUACCCUCAUGCAAGGUUUUCGUGGCUUAAUAUAUGAUAACAAAACGGAAUCUAUGAGGACAAUUAACCUCCUUCAACGAAUGAAUAUUUACCAAGAGGUUUUUCUCAGUAUUUUGUAUAGAGUUCUACCCAUACAGAAAUAUAUAGAACCAGUUUAUUUUUAUAUUUACACCUUAUUUGGACUCCAAGCAAUUUAUGUCACAGCUCUUUACAUAACCAGCUGGCUCCUGAGUGGUACGUGGCUUUCAGGACUGUUAGCAGCCUUCUGGUACGUCACAAACAGAAUAGAUACCACGAGGGUGGAGUUUACCAUCCCCCUGAGAGAGAACUGGGCGCUGCCGUUCUUUGCAAUCCAGAUAGCAGCAAUUACAUACUUCCUGAGACCAAACUUACAGCCUCUUUCUCAAAGGCUGACACUUCUUGCCAUUUUCAUAUCAACUUUUCUCUUUAGUCUAACAUGGCAAUUUAAUCAAUUUAUGAUGCUGAUGCAGGCAUUAGUGCUGUUCAUACUGGACUCCCUAGACAUGUUGCCAGCAGUGAAGGUGACGUGGCUGUAUGGUAUACAGCUCACAGGCUUACUCCUGGUCUGCAUUCUUCAGUUUUUUAAUUCCAUGAUUCUUGGAUCAUUGCUUAUCAGUUUCAACCUUUCAGUAUUAAUUGCAAGAAAACUUCAGAAAAAUAUGAAAACUGGAAACUUCCUUAAUAGACUUGGGAAACUGUUGUUACAUUUAUUUUUCGUGUUAUGUUUGACACUUUUUCUCAACAACAUUAUUAAGAAAAUUCUUAACCUCAAGUCAGACGAACACAUAUUUAAAUUUCUGAAGGCAAAAUUUGGAUUUGGAGCAACAAGAGAUUUUGAUGCAAACCUAUACCUGUGUGAAGAAGCAUUUGGCCUUCUACCUUUUAAUACAUUUGAAAGACUUUCAGAUACUCUGCUUUUUUAUGCUUAUAUAUUUGUUCUGUCCAUCACAGUGACUGCAGCAUUAGCUGUGGCCUUCCGUAAUCUCAGUGAUUCUACCAGUCAGCAAUCCAUGUGUAAAAUGGGAAAGUACACAAUUGGCCUGAAACCAGAAACUGCCUACAAUUUAAUACAUACGAUUCUGUUUGGAUUCUUGGCAUUGAGUACAAUGAGAAUGAAGUACCUCUGGACAUCCCAUAUGUGUGUAUUUGCGUCAUUUGGCUUAUGCAGCCCUGAAAUAUGGGAGUUACUUCUGAAGUUGAUCCAUCUUUAUAACCCAAAGAGGAUAUGUAUAAUGCGAUAUUCAAUACCGAUAUUAAUACUGCUGUAUCUGUGCUAUAAGUUCUGGCCAGGAAUGAUGGAUGAACUCUCCGAGUUGAGAGAAUUCUAUGAUCCAGAUACAGUGGAGCUGAUGAACUGGAUUAACACUAACACUCCAGGGAAGGCUGUGUUUGCUGGAAGCAUGCAGCUGCUGGCGGGCGUCAAGCUGUGCACGGGCCGGACCCUAACCAACCACCCGCACUACGAAGACAACAGCCUCAGAGAGCGGACCAAAGCGGUUUAUCAGAUAUAUGCAAAGAGGGCCCCAGAGGAAGUGCAUGCCCUGCUGAGGUCCUUUGGCACUGACUACGUGAUCCUGGAAGACAGCAUCUGCUACGAGCGCAGGCACCGCCGGGGCUGCCGGCUGCGGGACCUGCUGGACGUCGCCAACGGACACAUGAUGGACGGCCCAGGAGAGAACGAUCCUGAUUUGAAACUUGCAGGCCACCCUCGCUUCUGUGAAGAGGUUAAAAAAAACCUGCCCACCUACACAGCAUACUUCACUAGAGUGUUCCAGAACAAAACAUUCCACGUUUACAAGCUAUCCACAAACAAGUAACAGAGCUUUCUGUUCACUCUCUAUUUUUGAUACGUGAAACUCCAUCAUAAUGAAACUCAGAUGAUGUUUCAUAUGUAAUUAGGUAGCCCGAACCUUAAAGCUGUGAUAUGAUUAAGUCUACAAAUGUUUACACAAGCAUUACCAUCUUUGAAAGUAUCUUAUACAAGCUUCAGUCUUUGUCCUGUUUCAUGAAUGUUCUUUAGCCUAAAUGCUUCCACUUUCUAAAAGUGAUCUAGAAGUUUGUUGUUGGGGAGAACAGUAAGUGUUCUGUAGGUAGCUUGAACAGUUGCAUGCGUGUGUGCAUGCUAAGUCACUUCAGUUGUGUCUGACUCUCUGAGACCACAUGGACUGUAGCCCGCCAGGCUCCUCUGUCCAUGGGACUCUCCAGGCAAGAAUACUGAAGUGGGUUGCCAUGCCCUCCUCCAGGGGAUCUUCCCAACCCAGUGAUUAAACCCACAUCUCAUGUCUCCUGCAUCGGCAGGUGGGUUCCUUACCACUAGCGCCACAUAGGGAGCCCAGAACAGUUGCAUAUCCUGUUGUAAAUCCAGAGCCUGUCCAGGAUUUGAAAUACUUCUAAUUUUUAGUUGACUUACAACAGCUAUAGUUGAAUCAAAUUGAGGAAAUGCAUAAUUAAGUUCUUUAAUAUUAUUUCACCAGUGAAGACCAACUGGUGACUUUUUAAACAGCUCUUUAUUGUCCUGUUUCACCUAAAAAUUUUAUAAUGUUUUCCACUUGUCAUGCUUUUACUAUUUAAAGAAAGAUCAUGUUAGGUCUUCGUAUAUAUCUAAAUUUUUUGUUGUGCUCUGUCUGAAAUGUAAUGGGUAGCACUUCAGCAGUAUGUGUCUGUGUGUGUAUGUGUGUACAUGAGCAUGUGCAUGCAUGUUUUAAUGCUGGACACAGAAAAGGGUUACAAAUUCCAUAUUGUAAGUCCUUAAAGCAGCAGCAAUGUUAUGUAGCUGAGUCAAAUUUGUUACUGUUUAGUGUCAUUAUUUUAAAACCUGUUGAUACUAUUUAACCUAUCCUGUAAGUAAGAAAAUUUUUCUUUAUUUCUUACUCAUUCAAAUUUACUGGGUUUGCAAGAUUUUGUAAACUCUUUGUUUUUAGCCUUUGUAUUUUUUACAGCCUAGAACCUUGCAAAGUCUUACUAUUUUUUAAAUGUUGUAUCUUAACUAACUUACAACUAUGAUAUUUUUGGCAGAAAGCAUUUUCAUACUAGGUUUGAUUUGUGGUCUCCAAUCUUACUGCUAGGGCCCUUGACAGGUUGUUCUUUUUCUUACUCAAAGGUAACCAAGUGCCUCUAAGUCAUGCUUACUUGUAAACAACAAUGAAGAGGAUUAUGUGUACCUUGUACCUGCUCAAAAGUCUUUUGAUAAUUUCUUUUAUAAUUAAUUUCUAAUGAUAGGGACAUGUAAAAGUUGCUGAUAAAAGCAUAUUGUGUUUUCAACUAAAUCAAGAUGGCUAAUGAAAUUAACUUUCAUCUCUCAUGCCAGUUGGAAAUGAUUUAAAUGUUUCUCCUCACAGUUGUAUUAAAGUAAAUCACUGUCGGCAUGAAGAUGGAUAUAUCAUAUGUCCAAGUGAUUUUAUAUUCAGCUACUACUUAUUAAGCAAUAUUCAGAAAGAAAUUUUACACUGUCAUGUUGGAUUCAAGGACACUUGGCUUUUAUCACAACUUAUUUAAAUAAAAAAUUGACAGUAGCUGGGUUGUUAAAUUAUGCAACUGAAACUCCUGAAUUAUAUCUUGUAUCCCUUAAUAGGGUUGGAGACCACUGCAGUUUAGGAUAAUACAAUAAUAAAACGUUUUAAUCAGUACUAAAACUUUAAUUCUAUAAUGAUGCAUGCCGUUGUAGCUGACAGCAUGGGUCAGUCCAUUCUUCAGUGAGUGCCUUACUCUAAUGGAAACCAAGCACAUGUAAGGUACAGUAUGUUAGACUAUCUAGUUACGUUUUUAAAACCCCCUAUUACCUUCUCAGAAAUAUUUUGAUUUAUUUUAAAUGUUUCUAUAUGUAUUAUUAUAAUCUACGCAUUUGGGUAUUUAGAGUUUCAAUAUACUAGAAACGUGUACUUAAAUUUUUAUGCUUAUCAUCACUGCAUUGAUGGCACACAGUAAUCUUUUUUCAUGGUCUAGGUGCCAUCUGUUGCCAAAACACUUAGUGUUCAGUCUUUAGUGAAAAAUAUAAAGUGCCAAAAAAUCUUGCAAGACAGAAUCCAUACAUAUACUCUUUCCAAAACACUGUGACCAUGUAUAGUUGACAUUUUUAUUUCCUGAUGACCAAAUCUCUCAAUGAAUAAUGUUAAAUAUUUUUAGUGCACCUCAGUUUUCUCUUUUAUGACCUUCUCCUUAGAGUACACAGGAGGAAAGAGAAGAAAAGCGGCUGACUCCUGGCUCUCUGCCGAGCCGAAGCAAGUGACCUGUAGCCCAAGGUCCCUUCCACACGGAUCUCAGUGGCUCUGCUAAUAUUUGAUAAUGACCUCAAAUUAUGGCUGUGUUUUAUGCAUAGAAAUACCACUUGAUUUUGCUUCAGAGUUAGCAUUCAAAAGAAACUCUAAGUACAGUAAGUGCUCUUAAUUAUCCUUUACGUACACAACUCACCAGAUCCCUUGAUAGUUUCCAUCGUCAUGUAAGCUGACUGCCACUCAGCACCAGUGGGGACCGCUUCCCGCUGCCCUGUUCUCACAGGCCUCAGCGCCCUCCUUGGAGUUCUCUGCUUGUCCGUGCAUGCUCUACUUCCUGUUGCAAAGACACGAUUCAACAUAAACCCAGGACAUUUCGAUCUAAAACAAAAGGAUUAUUUCUGUGAAAAUUAGCUAGAAUGCUUUGGUCAUAUUUGAUAAACACUGCCACUAGUAAAAACUGCUUUUAAAUUAAUUGUGUUUGGGAAAAUUAUAAAAUAUUGGGAGAACUUAAAAUUCAAGAAAAUUUAUGAGCUUAGAUUGCUUCACAGGUUUAUUUUAGUCCUCAUUUCACCUUUAAAAAAAAUCUAGACUGAUCAGAAGAUAUUAAAAUGUACCCAAAGGAUGUUAUUGGUAUGAUUUAUUCAAGAAUAAAACCACAGUCAUUGGACCCUUAUGCAAAGGAAAGGUUUCAGCUUUACAUCAAAAGAUGAGCUAAUGGAUGGACAAAGUAUACAUGUGAAGUUAGGAUUCCCCGCUUUGACCCACUUAACUUCAUUAAAUGACUAGCUGCUGAUGCUGAUCACAGUGACUGAUCUACUAGAGUUGAAAGGUUCCAGUCACUUUAUUACAGACUUAGAAGUAGGAAUUCAUUUCAGAUAUAUUAGCCAGGACCAUAAUUAGGUGUUAUCUAGGUCAUUUGUUGUCCACUUAAAGGUGAUUUUCUUGACCUCACUGAGAUCAACUAGAUAAAUGUAUUUAUGUGAGUGUGUGUGUCUUUGUAUGUGUUGGGUUGGUGCUGGUGAUGGCAAGGGCAUAUGUAGAUACUGCAAACCAAUGUUUCAUCUGGCCUGCAUCUUUAAAAGUAACUAAAAAUGUUUAUUCUGAUUCCACAUGGACCUUGUAACAAUUUUAGCUCAUCUUUGGCCAAAACUUACCUAAAGUAACACAAAUAUUCCAUUUUUAAAUUUUCAUUUAAACCUUGGAAUUAAUAGGAAGACAAAAUGUUCUCAGAUUAUAUAACUUGGCCAGUAUGCUCCCAAAUGCUUUAUAUACAACAACCUUUUGGCAUAAAAGAGAGUGCUUGUUUGUUCAUGGGAAGAAGCUUUGAAAAAGAGAGUGACUUACUGUCUUGUGGCAAUUCAUUUUCUGUACUUAAUAUCCCAUGGGUAAAAUCUUACAAAGAGCUUUUAUAAUUUGUUGUACUGAACUGUAUGAAGAUUAUGUACUGAAUAAAGCUCUUUUAAGGUACACAAAA